AUGAGUUCAGGAAGCAGCAAAGAUAAAGAAAAGGCGAGAGUGAGCCGCACCUCACUCAUACUAUGGCACGCUCACCAAAACGACGUCGCUGCGGUUCGGAAGCUUCUUCAAGAAGAUCCUUCGCUUGUCAAUGCUACCGAUUACGAUAACCGCACUCCGCUUCAUGUCGCUUCUCUCCAUGGAUGGGCCGAGGUUGCUAAAUGCUUGAUCGAAUUCGGCGCCGAUGUCAACGCGCAAGAUCGUUGGAAGAACACCCCUUUGGCUGAUGCAGAAGGAUCUAAGAGGAGUAAUAUAAUCGAGCUUUUGAAAUCGCAUGGAGGAUUGUCUUAUGGUCAAACUGGAAGCCAUUUUGAACAUAGGGCGGUUCCGCCACCGUUGCCUAACAAGUGUGAUUGGGAAGUUGAUCCUUCUGAGCUUGACUUCUCAAGUUCUGCGCGUAUUGGAAAGGGAUCUUUCGGUGAAAUUUUGAAAGCCCAUUGGCGCGGAACGCCAGUUGCUGUCAAGCGCAUUCUUCCAUCUCUUUCAGAAGAUAGAAUGGUGAUUCAAGACUUUAGGCAUGAGGUCAAUUUGUUGGUGAAGCUUCGACAUCCCAAUAUAGUUCAGUUUCUUGGAGCUGUUACAGACAGGAAGCCCCUCAUGUUAAUUACUGAGUAUCUAAGAGGGGGUGAUCUUCACCAGUACCUCAAAGAUAAAGGUUCACUUAAUCCUUCAACAGCUAUCAACUUUUCCAUGGAUAUUGCCAGAGGAAUGGCCUAUCUUCACAAUGAACCAAAUGUUAUAAUUCAUAGAGACCUAAAGCCAAGAAAUGUUCUUUUAGUCAACUCUAGUGCUGACCAUUUAAAAGUUGGAGAUUUUGGAUUGAGUAAGCUUAUCACUGUCCAGAGUUCUCAUGAUGUAUACAAGAUGACUGGUGAAACUGGGAGCUAUCGCUAUAUGGCUCCGGAAGUUUUCAAACAUCGAAGGUAUGAGAAGAAGGUUGACGUCUACUCCUUUGCAAUGAUUUUGUAUGAGAUGCUUGAAGGUGAACCACCUUUUGCAAAUUAUGAACCUUAUGAUGGAGCAAAAUACGCAGCUGAAGGGCUCAGGCCUGUUUUUCGAGCGAAGGGUUAUAUCCCUGAGUUGCAGGAGUUAACGCAGCAGUGUUGGUCUGCUGAUAUGAAUCAAAGACCUCAUUUCAUAGAGAUCCUUAAGCGGCUUGAAAAGAUCAAGGAAAAUCUACCUUCAGAUCAUCAUUGGAAUUUGUUUGCUUCAUAA